UCCUUUUUCUCUGCUCCGACGCCAUGUUCCUCCACCAUCCCCAUGCAUUGUGCAGUACUAGCUAGUACUGGUACCUCGCCACAACACAAAAACAUCUCGAAACAGCCGCAGCACAUCGAAUAUUACAGAAACUGUAACCAUGGUGAGAAUCAGCAAGCCUUGGUCCGCGAAGCACAAGCGUGUGACAAAGGGUGGAAGUCUUCCGUACAAUUUGUCCAACUCGUUUGCACAACCGCUGACUUCGGAAGAACUGAUCCAAUACGCCAAGGAACGUGGCGAUCAAGAUCUCUUGGACGCUUAUCAGAAGCAUGAUUUGACGUACACUCCCAAUGGUGGAUCCCUGGAUUUGCGCCAAGAAAUUGCACAGCUGUAUGGACCGUCCAUUACGGCCAAUCAUAUUUUGGUAUUUACAGGUGGUCAAGUGGCAGUACAAACGGCAGCCUUUGCCGUCUGCGACCAUGACAACAGUCACGCCAUUGUCUUUACUCCUGGCUAUCAGAGUCUAUUGGUGGGACCUGUUCAUGCUGGAGCACAAGUGACACAAAUCCAAUUGUCGGCUGCCAAUGGGUGGGCCAUUGACGUGAAACAAGUAGAAGCAGCCAUUCAAGAAAACACAAAAUACAUUGUCAUCAAUGAACCAUAUAACCCAGCUGGGACACUCAUGGCACGACAAACGCAGCAAGAAUUGAUUGACUUGGCAGCAAAGCACAACAUUAUCAUUUUCUGCGAUGAAGUCUAUCGUUUGCUCGAACAUAAUCCUGAAAAGGAUCGACUUGCAGCCAUGUGUGAUGCCUACCAAAAGGGCAUGUCUUGUGUCACCAUGUCCAAACCAUGGGGAGCUUGUGGGGUCUCCAUUGGUUGGAUUGCCUGUCAAGAUUUGGACCUGAAAGAGCGCAUGACUCAGGUGCAGUAUUUUGGAACGGCGUGUCCCUCUCGCGCCAGUGAACUGCAAGCCAUUAUGGUGCUCCGAGCUAGUGAUUUUAUAUUGGGCAAGAAUCUGCAAAUCAUUCGACACAAUGUCCAACUGCUACGUGAAUUCAUGGACCGUCACAAGGAUCUUUUUCAUUGGGUACCACCGAAUGCCGGAGCCAUUGCCUUUAUCAAACUCAAAGCAGGCAAGUUGAUGUCGGAUGAAUUAGGCGCACAACUGGCCGAGCAUGGAAUUGGAAUCAAACCAGCCUACUGUUUUUCGGGAGAUGAGAAUGUGACAGAACAAGUAGACUACUUUCGAGUGGGCUACGGUGAAUCCAAGUUUCCAACAGCAUUGAGCCAGUUUGAAGAAUAUGUUGUACAGCAUCGGGAUCAGUGGUUGUUGGCACAGGAAUCAGCCUCGACAUGAUUCCGAAUGAUUCAUUCCCUCGCUGCUCUCGCAGUUUUAAUGGUUUCCAAAGCACUAGCGGUACCGGUACAUUUACUAGUUAUGGUCGCCACGGUUUGGCAAGGAACAGAUUGGCUGAUGUGGAGACUACCACAGGGAGGUUUUCGUUUUGUCCUUCUUCCCUAUCCAAAGCCUUGAACAAUUUCGUUUUGGCGGACUCAAUCUUUUCUGGCGAAGCUUGGUGCAUUUUGGACAUUGGAUUGGUGGCGAUCAUCUCCCACAAGGCACCAGCCUUGGGCCAUACCACAGAAUGCAUGCAUCGGUGAACUUGAAAGCUUGACGCAUCGUAACCAGCAUCGGCCACCAACAUUUCUUUACCACGAGCGGGCUCAAACCAUCGUUUCCAUGGUGGCUCUUCGUUUUUGUCACUACUACUAAGGCUGGUUAAUUCUUGAAGAGACUGUUCAAUCAACUCGUGAAAGCUGGGCCCGAAUCCUUCCUCGACUAGUUCGUGACGAUGCUCUGUCAUCGUCCAACAGACGUUGCCAAAGACUGCGUUUGGGUUGUCGCUUCUCAAAACUCGACGGAUCGUUUGCAAUGUUUCAAGAUAGUCCGGAAUGAUAAAGAUGCCAAAGACACUCACGACAACAUCCACCGAGUCGUCCCCAAUUCCUCCCAACUUGCUCCCAUCUUCUACCUUGAAUUCCAGUGCUGUUUGAAAAUUGGGAGGGAUACGGUCCUUCAUGACUUGCUCGGCUUGAUUCACCAUUCCAGGAGAUAAAUCACUCAAUAUCAGUGUCUGGCCUGGAAUGCCCUGUGGAUAGGCUUCCAGAUAGGCCAAUCCAAAGGUACCGGGACCACAGCCAACGUCAAGAAUCGUUUUGGCUGAGGCAAUUUGAGGAGAAAGCAACGCGAUCAAAUCCUUUGCGUACAAGACUGUAAAGCGAGCAACAUUGUCAAGGUAAUGCUUGGCGGCUUGAGCCUUCUUGAAAUCGUCUUCUCCGUUGGCCAUGGGGGUAUCUUUCACCAUGGUCAACAAAUAUCGAGAUGGGCCUGGACGGCAAGGUGCUGUACGAACAGGACCAGCGGAGGGUUUUGGUCUCCAAACGUCGACAAGAGAAGCUCCACAGACGCAAGCUUUAAACCAAAACAGUGAGGCAAAGAGGAUACAUCCAGCUUUGGAAUUCAUUGGAGCCAAGAUCCAAACCUGCCGUCCCUCCUUUGUUGCAGCCUUUCGGGAGGUGAGAAGGGUGCUCGACGAAGAUCCAAAACCUUGUCGCACGACUCGAUAAACCCCAACCCUGUUUACAUCUGCAUUUCAACCACGCUUCCGCGUCCAAGUUCACAGUCUUCAAAUUUGAUGUUUGCUGACAAUGCCACA